UUCACGUUUGUCUGUUUUUGUUGUUUUUUUCAGAGGUUUUCGUUUUCUUCUUUAUUUUAUCGCCUCUCGAUUUUCUCUCUCUCUUCCUACUUAGGGUUAGGGUUUUAGCUGCAAUUCGAAACAUUUAGUUGUUUAGUAUAUUAAUCUUUUAGUUAGGAUCUUAACGAUUCUGUUCAGACCAAUUUAGGGUUUCUCAUCAAUUUGGAAGGGGGCGGGGGGUUUGAUUUGUUGCUUCUAUUGAGAGUUUGGCUUAGCCCUUUUUUUUUUUAAAUUAUCAAAUUGUGAUAUUUCAAGGACUACGUUUGAUAAACAAUGCCUCCAAGAAUGGUGAAGAGAGGGGCUGGGUCUGCGGGCCCAAAGAGGACGGCGAGGUCCACUAGAGGGGCAUCGAAAGCUCAGAAUCCACCACCCGAGCCUGUGGAGGAGGCCGUGAAGGAAGGGGUGGCUUCCGUUCCAGUUGUGGAGAUGAGGGAGGAGGAAGAAGAGGAGGUCGUGGAGGACGUUAAGGCUGAUGAGAAGCGAAUUGUGGAGGAAAAAGUGGUGAUCGAGAAGAAAGGGGUUGUUCCUGAGGAAAACGCUGGAUUAAAUUUGAAUUCGAACGGGUCAGUUGGCCGAUGAAGAGUAAAAGAGGAUGAAUUGAAGGGAUCUGUUGAGGAAUAUGAAAAAGAUGAGCGGUUAGAAUUGGAUGAUAAUGAACCUGAAUAUGAACCCGAAGAAUAUGUUGGGGGAUAUGAUGAGAAGGAGAUGGAACCAGAUGAGGUGGGAGAUGAAGUAGAGAGAGAGCCUGAGGAGGAGCAGGAUGGUGAGGAGAAAGAGGGUGAUCUGUCAGAUGGAGAUGUUCAUGAAGUUGAAGUAGAAGGUGACGACGACGACGACGACGACAUGAAUGAUGAUGAUGAGCAUGCUGGGGAAGAAGUGGAGCAUGCAGAUUUUGAUGCAGCAGAUCAUGAUGAGCGGCAUGAAUUUGUUCAAGAGAGACGGAAACGUAAAGAGUUUGAAGUGUUUGUUGGGGGAUUAGACAAGGAUGCCACUGAGGAUGAUAUUAGGAAAGUCUUCAGCCAAGUUGGUGAAGUUGUUGAUGUUAGGUUGAUGAUGAACCCUCAAACAAAGAAGAACAAGGGGUUUGCAUUCUUGCGUUUUGCAACUGUAGAACAAGCAAAACGUGCAGUUACAGAACUUAAGAAUCCUGUGAUUAAUGGGAAACAGUGUGGUGUUACCCCUAGUCAAGACAGUGACACCCUUUUUCUGGGUAACAUAUGCAAGACAUGGACAAAGGAAGCGUUGAAAGAGAAGUUGAAACAUUACGGAGUUGACAAUGUUGAAGACUUAACAUUGGUAGAAGAUAGCAACAAUGAGGGAAUGAAUCGGGGUUUUGCCUUCUUGGAAUUUGCAUCUCGGUCAGAUGCGAUGGAUGCUUUUAAGUGUCUUCAGCGGAGAGAUGUUUUAUUUGGGGUUGAUAGGCCUGCAAAGGUUUCUUUUGCAGAUUCCUUCAUUGACCCGGGUGAUGAAAUCAUGGCACAGGUUAGGACCAUAUUUAUCGAUUGCCUACCUCCUUCUUGGGAUGAGGAUCGUGUUAGGGAGCUAUUGAAGAAAUAUGGGGAAAUUGAAAAGAUUGAACUUGCCCGGAAUAUGCCAUCUGCUGACAGGAAGGAUUAUGGUUUUGUUACGUUUGAUACUCAUGAUGCUGCAGUCACAUGUGCUAAGAGCAUUAACAAUACGGAGUUGGGCGAAGGUGACAGCAAGGCUAAAGUUAGAGCCAGGUUGUCAAGACCGCAUCAGAGAGGCAGGGGUAAGCACAUUGGCCGUGAUGGUUUUAGGUCUGGCCGUGGAUCUGGACGAGUUGUUAGGGGUUCAUGGGGUCGUCCUGCUCCACGUGGUUUCCCUCCUCGUGGGGUAAGAGGAAUUAGUAAUCGUGUCCCUCCACCUAGUCUAAAGAGGCCUGUUGGAUUAAGAGAUAGACGUCCUAUUAUGUCUGCACCAGCUAGAGGCCGUCCUUUGGCUCCUCCUCCUUCUAGAUCGUAUGACAGAAGAGCACCUGUUCCACCAUACCCAAAGAGUAGUUUGAAGAGGGAAUAUGGUCGGCGAGAUGAACUUCCUCCUCCAAGGAGCAGGGCUCCUGUGGAUUAUGGUUCUAGGGUUGUGUCAGAGAGACGCCCAUCAUAUAGAGAUGACUAUUCUGCUCGCAGUUCCGGCUACUCUGAUUUGCCUAGAAGCACAUCUCGCACUGCAGCCAGGAGACCUUAUGUAGAUGAUGCGUAUGGCCAAAGGUUUGAAAGACCUCCUCCUAGUUACCGUGAUGGGCGUGGCCGUGAUUAUGACUCUAUGUCUGGCUCAAAACGACCAUAUUCGGCUAUGGAUGAUGUUCCUCCUCGAUAUGCUGAUGCCGGUGCCAGGCAUUCAAGGGCUCGUCUAGACUAUGAACUUGCGGCUGGUGCUCCUCCAUAUGCAGACACAUAUGGUGAUAGGCUUGGGCGAUCCAGUCUAGGAUAUGGUGGCAGCAGGAGUUCUAUGUCCAGUCAGGAUUCACAUGGGCUUUAUGGGAGUCGUCAGGGUAUGGGCUAUGGUGGAGGUUCUUUCAGUGGCAGUGAUGUUGGAGGAAUGUACUCGUCCUCAGGUUAUAGUGGUGAUUACAUGCCUAGGGGAUCUGAUGUUGGUGGUGGCUCUUACUCAUCCAUGUAUUCAAGUCGUGGUAUGGGCGGCAGCAGUUACAUGGGUGGUGGUGGUGGUUCUGGGUCAUACUACUGAUGUAAGUCAAAAUUUUUUAUCCAUUCCUUUUCAUGUUGCACUCAUGGAAGUGCAAUUAUCUUCAGCGUUAGUGUAUUUUUAAUGGAGAUUAGGGCUCCCUGAAGAAGCUGGUUUCUAUGUUCUUCUGAGAAGUGUAUUGGAAAGGACAUCGUCAUAUCGUCACUAGUGAAUUUGUCUAUGGAACAGAUUUCAAAGACAAUGAGGCUGCUGUAGGAUGUGGACCAUUUGAAGCUUUUGGAUUAUGUAUCCAUGUAUUGGAUAGAAGCAUGCCAAGUGCUAUAGCCUCCGUAUGUUGUAGGAAAAAGGUUUUGAGGCUAAAGUUUUAUGUGAAAGAGGCUGUGUGCUGGUUCAAGCUGUUUCUAGUUCACAAACUGGUUAUUUGUGAGUAUUCAGGUUUAUGCUGUAAGGAAAAACUAAUUUCAUUUAGAGAUGAAAACAGAAAGCGCUUAGAAUGUGCUGUGUAUGAACAACGUUGUUUAUUUUAAUAUUUAAGAACUCCUCGUCUCCUCCUGAUGGAGAUUUCGGAAGCAUUUGUCUCAUAUUUUAAUGGAAGAGUGUUUAGAAGAGAGAUUAAGGUUUUAAUAUACAUAUGGUUAUGGAUUUUGGAUACUUUUCGAUGUAGAACUCAUUGGGUAAGUGUUGAUUAAGAUUGAAACAAGGCUAAUAAAUGCUCUUUUCGUCAGCCUGAUAAGCACAAAGAGUUCAAAUGGCACCUAAUUGAAGGUUAUAAGAAAUCAGCAGAAGACGUUCUUGCAUAAGCAUAUUGCAUUUUCUUAAGGUGGUGCUUGUGAAGUCACAUAUAGAAGCCUGGAGGAAAUUAAUUGGCAUGCUUGACCUUGUCUCGUGAAGCUUCUAGACUAUAGACACAUGCUUCUAACUUUUGGUUUUGCGUUGUUUUCCUUUGGGAAUUCUGGACUAAGAUGCAAUGAGAAGUUGAUAUUAAUAAAGGAGAGGACAUGGUAUCUUUAAUACCUCGUUGUGUUGAUGUUUAGUCUGUGUUGCAUGUUUAGUUUUCUUGGUUGAUAUCUUUCUUGAGAAAAUUUCUUGUGUUAAAUUCCUGGUUUUUCUGGUUUUGGAAUGGCCUGGUGGAGUAUGCCAGGCAAAGAUUUGAACUUUGCUUGUAACCAGCAGGAAAAUAACAGUGUCUGACUGAAGGACCAAUUCCAUAUGUUUCAACACUUGCUAUUUCGUUUUAAUCAGGUUAUUGUUAUACAAAGCAACUCCUUGUGAAGGUGUUCUCCAAAUUAAGUUAUUAUAUGGAUCUCAAGGGAUUGUACUUUCUCAUGAUGUAUGCCUUAUUGCUUCAUCAAAUGCUUAGUAGUUUGGGGAGGUUGUUGAUGGAUGAAACCUCUUUAAUUUACUUCGGUUGAACUCAGAGAUUCUUGAGUUGGAUAUUUCUUCUUGUUCGUUAAGUACUUUUACUUUGUGGGAAAGCAGUCAUUGCUUUACAACUUGGGUUUAGUAGAGCAAUGAUUUUGGAAAAGUUUAUAUUUAAUUGGCCAAGAAAUCUCGAAAGCUGUGGGUAUGUUGGUGAUUGAUAGAUUUUAGAUUUAAGAAAACGUACUGGACCACUUUUUAGUUGGAGUUACAAUUUAUACAAAUUAUUGACAUUUUCUAACUGCACUUGAGAACAAGUGAGCAACUCUGUUUCCCUCCAUCAAGUAUACUAACAACAUAUAGUUGACUAGUUACAAGUAUAUGCCACUGUUGUGUAAAAGAAUGGUCUAUGCAACACACCUUCUUAUCUUAUUUGGUAUAGCCCCUACAGGAACAUGGUGCCUUCCACUGAUUUUGUUCUAUGAUGGUUUAUUCUGGACUUGAUGUGAUUAUUUGAAGUUCAUGAAGAAUUUUGCUUCUACCUAGGAGUUGGUGUUAGGAUCAAAAUUCUUAGUUGGGAGGCAACUAAAUUGUCCUGCGUCUGCCGUUACUUGAUUUUCACAAUUAAAAUUUUGACUGUGAUGUUCUUUCCAUUUUGCUUAAGCUGGUGAUGGAGCGAAUGAGCUACACUACCUUUUUACUAGUGCUUCUUAAGUUUGUUGGGAAAUAAUCCAAGGUUUUCAAUUAUGGGGGAAUACUGGUGUCUGCUUAAUGUGUUUUACACAUCAUAGUCUACUAUGUUGUUGUUAUCUCAGCAGGUUUUUAGCAGGUUUGGUACUUGUUUUCGCAGCAUGAUUGGUUUUUUUUAAGUGCUUUGACACAAUGUAGGUGUUAGUUUUUGUAGUUUUAGUUCUGUUUUCUUACAUGUAAUUUGGCUCUGUAAACAAUUUGUGGAAAGUUUGUACUGUAAUGGGAAAGCUAAUUAUGAUCC